AUGUACCAAUCCAUCGUGACCAAUGAAGAAUCGAUCUCACCAGAAGUUUACUUUCAAAAAUCUGGAAGUGGUCCAUCUGAAAAAGACGAUAAACUAGAACUACUUGAAAUGUUUCUCCAACUUAUGACACUGAUCCCAGGGACUAAGCCAUUUCUUCAGAUCUUUGAAUCCUUCAUGAAAACUUUCUCAGAAAGUAUUGAGAAGAUGGUGACAGCUGAUGAGAUCAAGGUGCCUUCAGUUUCAGAGCUUCGUGAUAUUGCAGGAGUGAAGUUCCAUUUGUCACCAACUGACGGAGGCAUCAGAAACAUAAACUUUGUAGGCGAAAAUGAGCGGUCUUGUUAUCUCCCUCUAAUUACACUUAAUAUUGAUUCAGAGGUGAUAUUGAGAAACUUGGUGGCUUAUGAGCAAUUAAUGGCAAAGAAAAGUUUUACCACUGGAUAUGGUCUUGAACUCACUGAAUAUGUUGAUUUCAUGUGUGGUAUCAUUGACAAUGUUAAGGACGUGUGGUUGCUACGCGAAGAAAAGAUCAUCAAAGGUGACUUGGGUGAUGAGGAUAUUGUUAAAUUGUUUAACGGGAUUGGGAGAUCUCAUGGGAAAAUGAAUAAGGUGUCGGAUUUGAGGAAGACUGUUUAUCAAUUAAACAAAGUCUACCAAAGCACGCCGAGAGUUUGGGUCCAGAAGCAACUCCGGGCUUCUGCCAAGAUGAUCACAUUCCUCAUUAGCAUUUCGAGCACACUGAUCUUGAUUCGUGAGGUGUAUUUGAAGGAUUAUGGUUUGAAUCCACCAAACAUGAAUUUGGAUGAUAUUGUUAGGACCACAUUGAGUUCUUUUCUUCAUUGA